AUGCAGACACCUAGUACAUUCUCAGACGUCUCUGUACCGCCAGACACGUUAUCUUCUGAAGGCCAAAGUGGUUCAGGCAAUGAUGGAGCUCAAACCAGUGUUGAAGGCGGAUUAGUCAAUGUCGGAGUUUCCGUAUCGGUUGAUUCAGACGAUGAUUCAGGAAAACCCAUGGAGGGUGGGUCAGAAGAUGUUUCUAAAACAUCUGAUGUAGGUGCAAUCCCAACCACAGUGCAGACACCUAGUACAUCCUCAGACGUCUCUUUACCGCCAGACACGUUAUCUUCUGAAGGCCAAGGUGGUUCAGGCAAUGAUGGAGCUCAAACCAGUGUUAAAGGCGGGUUAAUCAAUGUCGGAGUUUCCGUAUCGGUUGAUUCAGACGAUGGUUCAGGAAAACCAAAGGAAGGUGGAUCAGAAGAUGGUUCUAAAACAUCAGAUGUUGGUGAACCCCCAUCCACAAUGCAGACACCUAGUACAUCAUCAGAUGGCUCUGUACUGUCGGAUACGUCAUCUCCUAGUACCGAAAGUGGCUCAAGUAACCAAGGAGCGCAAACCAGUGUUGAAGGUGGAUUAAUCAAUGUCGGAGUUUCCGUAUCGGUUGAAUCAGGCGAUAGUUCAGGAAAACCAAAGGAAGGUGGAUCAGAAGAUGGUUCUAAAACAUCUGAUGUAGGUGCAAUCCCAACCACAAUGCAGACACCUAGUACAUCCUCAGACGUCUCUGUACCGCCAGACACGUUAUCUUCUGAAGGCCAAAGUGGUUCAGGCAAUGAUGGAGCUCAAACCAGUGUUGAAGGCGGAUUAGUCAAUGUCGGAGUUUCCGUAUCGGUUGAUUCAGACGAUGAUUCAGGAAAACCCAUGGAGGGUGGGUCAGAAGAUGUUUCUAAAACAUCUGAUGUAGGUGCAAUCCCAACCACAGUGCAGGACACCUAG